ACUAUAUAUUCUAACCACUGUAAUCGAGGGUUACCAGCGAAGUCAUUGGCAUCAGACGAUGAACUCGUUUAAUGUUAUUAGUGGUGUUGAACUGCUCGAAAAUGAUGACCUGCUUGUUGAAAUGUCCAACUUAUUCUCUACCAAUUACGGAAUAUGGAGCAACAAGGGUCUUCAUCCAGGUCAACCUAUCAAGAUGAGUGUAAAACUGAUGAAAAAGAUGCUGUUGUUUAAUAGUGAAAAGUGUGGUGCUGCAAUCGCUAAAUCAAUGUGUGAAUCAUCAAAGUUAAUUGGUCAUGCAUUUUACUACGAAUUUAGCACCAAAAACCUAGGUAAAGUCUGUUGGAUUACGCAGCUUGUUACUUCUCAAUUAGUUAGACACAAAAGAAUAGCAACAAGAUUGAUAAGUACUAUCCUUAACAAUGGGGAUUAUAAUGUAUGUGGAUUAGUGACGUCACACCCCUACGCCAUUCGAGCACUAGAAAGAGCUACUUCAUCAAUAUGCGAUCGGAAGGUCAUUGAAAAAUAUGCCAGUGAGGUGAUUGAAAAUUGUUGUUUGCCCUACAUGGAACAAAAUGCUGUAAUUGAUUCUCAUGGUAGCAUCAAUACCAAUUACCACGUAGAUCAUACAGAAUUAUUAAAAAUAAUUCAAGAAGAACGUGAUGCAUCCAGAUGGGUUUUUGGUGAAUUACUUGAUGGUUUUGAGUUUCUUGUUUUCGUCUUUACAAAUUAAAAAAAAACCAUGUUUGUAAAAAGUUGCAAAAGGAUUGAAAAUCGCGCUUUCAUGGUAAACAAAAGAUUGACACUAAUUUGUGACGUUGAAUGCUAUAAAAACGUGAAAUUUUCAUUAAAAAGUCAUGAUUUUUGUCUUUAUUGGAAUUUGACUACAUACAAAAUAAAAUUCAAGAUACGUAUGUCAUGUGAUUUUUUUCUGGUUUAGAA